AUGGAGCGCACGAUACAGCAGAAGCAGCGGGCAUGGAUCGGGACCGUGGUGGAGUUUGUGAUCCCCUUUCUCUUCCUCAUCGGCGCCAUUAUCCUUUGGUUCGUCUUUGGCGAAGAAGUACACCCAGAAAAGCAAGUGCUGAACUACACCGCCGUCUCAUCCCUCACGAUCCCGGGGUUUUACAGGGAAGUGACGUGCAACAACGUGUCCAUGGGGGUCAUCCCUGGCAUCGAGGACUGCACCAAAGUCCCGUACUCGUACGACUGCAGCGGCGACGAAUCGAGCUUGCCAGUGAAGGGGCUGUGCUUCAGCGAGACCCUCAGCGGCGCCAGACUAAUCGCCUUGUACCUUAAUGCAAUUCUCGGGAACGCUGUCCGGGUGCCGCCGCUGGACACAAUGAUCAUGAUGCAGUGGAUCGCGCGUAAGUUUGGCAGGGACAUCACCCAAGGCGUUCGAUCGGCGGCGCUCACCGCCGCCGGAAUGAUGGACAAUACUCGCUACAGUGCCAUCAUGAAUUCCGGCAUGCUGUAUAUUGCGCCACGUGCAAGCGUUCCCGCGUCCCUCAUAGACUACCUCAACGACACCACGUUCUACUUCCGAUACGUCUACGGCGGCACGUUCGACACCGUGGAGGAGGCGGAGAACCACGUAAAGACCACUCCGGGGUUUCACUGGGCCAUUGUCGAGGUAAAUGCCUUUAACUCGACAGACUUCGACGUAGUGCUGCACAUGAACCCGACUUCGCUGCCGCCCCUAACGAAGGUGGUGGACGCGCAGUACCCCGGCGGCUACCAUUUUGAUCGAUCUGAGAUGUACACCGCCUCCGGUUUUAAUAGCCUCCAGGAGGCUUUGUACCAGUGCUACCUGCGUGACCUCGGCUACACCGAUGGUGGGCGUAUCCACCCCUACUCAACCUCGCUCGGCUACCAGAGUUACAAGAAGAAGAAGCUGCUGAAGACGGCCUCGGUGCUGGUUGUUUUCCUUCUCGUUCUCUCCUUUCUGCACCCGGUGUCGCAGCUGACAAAGAAGAUUGUGCUGGAGAAGGAGCUGCGAAUUCGCGAGGCGAUGCUUAUUAUGGGACUCAGCAGCACAUCACUUCACCUAUCUUGGCUCGUUACAUACGCCCUGCAGUACUUUGCGGUGUGCAUCGUCAUGACCGUCUUGAUGAAGCUCACGCUCGUGCCGAGCAGCGAUGCAUUCGUGCUCCUCAUGACCUUGUACCUCUUCGCCAUGAGCACGAUCCCCCUCUCAGGCCUCAUUGCCGCCUUCUUCAGUAAGGCUCGCCUCGCUUCGAUGCUUGCGCCACUCAUAUACUUUGUGCUGUCGGUGCCGAUAUUCGCCUCCUCGAGCGUAUCAGCCAACGUGAUCAUCGGCAUGUCUCUCCUCUCGCCCACGGCGUUUGCAGCUGCUCUGACCAACAUUCUCAAGCUGGAGGUCGCCAGCGGCUUCGGCCCUAAUCACUUCAACAGCGCCGCCCUGACGCCGGAGAGCUUUAUCUUGUACGUCGUGCUCGCUGCAGAUUUCGUCCUGUACUACAUCUUGAUGCUUUACUUGGACGCUGUGCUGCCGAAGCAGUGGGGUACGCGCAAGCACCCGCUCUUCUUCAUCACGGACCCCGUCAUGUGGUGCUUCAACUCUAAGCACAAGCGCCUCGAGGGCGGCGCCGACGGGCGCGCCGAGAACGGCGUGUUCGAGGACGUCGACGGCGACGACGACGCGGUGAUUUUGGACGGGCUGCGCAAGGAGUACUCGCGCGGCGGCAAGAGGUUCGUUGCGGUGAACAACCUGUACUGGGGGAUGCGCGAGGGCGAGAUCUCUGUGCUGCUGGGGCACAACGGCGCCGGCAAGACGACGGUGCUGAACAUGAUGACGGGGAUGGUCGAGCCGGACGCGGGCGACUGCUACGUCUACGGCAGCUCUGUUCGUAACGAGCUAGAGAAGGCGCGCCGUCAGAUCGGGUACUGCCCGCAGCACAACAUCCUGUGGGGCGAGCUGACGUGCCGCGAGCACCUGGAAUACUACGGAAAGAUCAAGGGCUUAUUCGGCGGCGUGCUGGAAGACGUCGUGCGGAUGAUCCUAAAGGAGGUGGAUCUGCUGGACAAGAUGGAGUACCCUUCCCGUGCGCUCUCCGGGGGGCAGAAGCGGAAGCUGUCGAUCGCGGUCGCGUUUGUUGGCCGCAGCCCUCUCGUGCUCCUGGACGAGCCCACGGCCGGCAUGGAUGUGGGUGCGCGGCGAUACACGUGGGAGCUGCUGCGGCGCAUGUCCGCCCAUCACACCAUUUUCCUGACGACGCACUACAUGGACGAGGCGGACCUGCUGGGGCACAAGAUCGGGAUCAUGAGCCGAGGCCGUAUGCAGUGCUCUGGCAGCAGCAUGUUUCUGAAGAGCCGCCUUGGCGUCGGCUACAACAUCGUCAUCUCCGUCGACCCCGAGGUGGAGACCGAGACGAUCGACCGUCUCGUUGUUUCUCUUAUUCCAGGCGCCGAAGCGUCGUGCUUCAACGGUUGCGAGAUUGUGUACAAGCUGCCCAUGCGUGAUCUCGAGCUGUUUCCGUCGCUCCUGGAGAGUCUCGAAGAGAAUGGCGAAGACGUUGGCGUGCGUGGCUACUCGCUGUCAGCGACGACACUGGAGGAGGUGUUUCUCCAGAUCGUCAUGGAUGAAAUGACAAACCACAAGGCGAGCAGCGGUGUCGAGGAGAACGAGGAGGUUGUCCAGGAAGAGAACAACGCCGUGUGGAAUUGCGAGAUGAUGGCGGGGACGCGUCAGCGGCUGGUGUCGCAGUUCAAGGCGAUGAUGGUGAAGAGGCUGCGGAACGCGCGGCGAGACCGCAAGAUGCAGUGCUUCCAGGUGAUCUGCCCCGUGGUAUGCGUCCUGGUGGCCAUGCUGCUCACCCUCUUCAGCUUUACGGAGACCGGAUCCCUGCGCCUCUCCAGUGAAAUGUUCGGCGAGACGGUGCAGAUGCAGGUGUCAGGCUGCGAGAAGUACUUCGGCGCCACAAACAACGUUACCCGCCAAGGCUCCUACAUCACCGACCUCAAUUUCGCCAACGGGCAAGACUUGUCCUUCUACGCCACCGACACUGCAAAGCAGCUGACGAUGCCGCGCUACACCUCGCUCUUCUGCGGCGACCCGGGGCUGCAGUACGUUGUCCCUUUCGAGUUCGACGCCACCUUCCUGUUCUACAACACCUCCGCUUACCACGCCGGUGGUCUGGUGCUCCAACAGCUGUACACAUACAUUCUUCAGUUCUUCACCAAUAACGUCCACCGCACCUUCAAGACUGGCGCCAAGCCGAUGCCAACCACCAUGCGCGACGCCAGUGUGAAAGACGGUGUGCAGACGAUUCUCAUGGGCGCGAUUAUCAUGAUCCCGUUCACGUUCCUGCCGUCGAACGUGGUGGCGUGGGUGGUGAAGGAGCGGGAGUGCAAGGCGCGACAUCUGCAGAACGUGUCAGGGCUGAGCUUUUACAUCUACUGGCUCACGAAUUUUCUCUUCGACAUGGUCGUCUACAUCAUCUCCAUGUGCCUCAUCAUUGUCAUCUUCCUCAUGUUCAGCCGCAAGGAGUACGUUGGCAAAAAUACGGCCGGCCCGGCCAUUUUGGUGUUUCUCAUUUAUGGCCUCUGUAGCACCGUCAGUGCCUACGUGGUCAGUUUUGGCUUCCAUGAGCACUCAGCAGCACAGUCAGCGACGAUGGCCGUCAACUUUGUAGCUGGCUUCGUGCUUGUUAUGAUGGUGUUUAUCUUCUCACUGUUGAACUCGACAGCGAAGAUAUCGGGGAGUCUUCGCUGGCCGUUCCGGCUGGUUCCGUCGUACUGCGUGGGCGAGUCUAUCAUCAACCUCGCCAUGGACCGACAGCAGGCGGCCCUGAACCUCCCGUCGAACCCGUGGGCGAUGGAGGUGGUGGGCUGGCCGUGCGUUUUCAUGGCGAUUGAGUUUCCAAUCUUUCUCCUGGCGACUCUCUUCAUUGACCACCCGCGGCGGCGCAUGUGGGGGCAGACGGGUAGCUAUGACCGCUGUGCCCCGGCGGAGGUGAUCGACGACGAGGACUCCGACGUGGAGGAUGAACGGGAGGAGGUCUAUCAACAGGAGAAGAGGAACGUCAACAUGGACGUUGUGCGCGUAGUGGACCUCCGCAAGGUGUACCCCAACGGCAAGGUGGCAGUGCGCAACCUUGCCUUCAGCAUCCUGCCAGACGAAGUGUUCGGCUUCCUCGGCACGAACGGUGCUGGUAAGACGACGACGAUUUCGAUGCUGUGCCAGGAGUUCAUUCCCACAAGCGGCAACGCCUAUGUGUGCGGGUACGACAUCGUGACCGAGAGCGAGCAGGCGCUGCAGUGCAUCGGGUACUGCCCGCAGUUCGACGCGACGCUGGACCUGCUGACGGUGGAGGAGCACCUGGAGCUGUACGCUGGAAUCCGCGGCAUCCUUUACGAGCAGCGCAGCAAAGUGGUGGCUGGGCUGAUGCGCUUGUGCGAUAUUACCGAAUUCCGCGACACAAUGUCCGCGCAGCUGUCUGGCGGCAACCGGCGCAAGCUCUCGGUGGCACUUUCUCUCAUCGGCUCGCCGCAGGUCGUCUUCCUAGACGAGCCGUCGGCCGGCAUGGACCCUGUGGCGCGGCGCGGGUUGUGGACCGCGAUCCAGAAGGUUUCGCAGAACUGCUCCGUUGUGUUGACGACGCACCACCUGGAGGAGGUGGAGGCGCUUGCGGACACGGUGGGCAUCAUGGCUGACGGAGCCCUGCGCUGCAUCGGCGACAAGAUUCACCUCAAGCAGAAGUACGGAAGCGGAUUCGAGCUGAGUGUGCGCGUUGCGCGGAAAGACGUGCGGGAAGCUGUGCAGCGUUUCGUCGGGGAGAACUUCCCGGCCGCCGUGCUGAACGAGUUCAAGGGGCAACGUCUUGUCUUCGCGCUGCCACAGGACACGAAGCUAUCAGAGGCGUUUUGGCAGCUGCAACAGAACAAGAGCCGGCUGCACAUCACAGACUACACCGUAUCGCAGACCUCCAUCGAACAGGUCUUCUUGCGCAUUAGCGAGCAGCAAGAGGAGCGUGAUGAGCUCGGGAAAAACAAGGUGGUGCACUUUGUGAAGAGCCACGCCACUCCGCACAUCUACAACGGCGUCGCGACAAAGAAGAAGCGUCUCCAGGAACCAAUUGAGAAGACGGUGACGGUCAGCUCAGCCGCCGUGGAGGCUUAUCAACGCCGAAAGCUGAUGGCUGGCAUUGUGGACGAGGUUGCCGGAUCCGAGAGGAGCGACCGCAUUGGCAGACCCGGGGAGGAGGAAAACGACGAAGCCGACAACGCCGUGAGGAACUUCAGCACUGCCGGCUCGCAAUGCGCUCUGGCGCACCGGCGCAGCGUUAACAAUGUCCACGGCGCCUCCUCCGGGCGCAAGCGUAGCGCGGUGAACUUGGUGGCCGCCUCCGGGGGGGACCCAAAUGCGGGCCACGCAAAGCCAUAUAGCAAUACGUACGGGCCAAGCUCUGAAGGACAGGCCUACACUCACGGCUACGACUAUGAUUCUUCGAGCGGCUACGUGGACCCGAAGCAGUAUAACGGCAACGGCGAAAGUUUCGGCUAUGACUACGGGUAUAAUGUGCACACUGACGGUGCAGCAGGGUACGGGCAGCCACAAAAUCCGUACAACAGCUACUGA